AAUCAUUCAGAUGAGUGGACGCUGAAAUUUCGACCAUGUGAAAUAUUUAAAACUUUUCAAAGUUUCUGUCUUCUAAGAUCUGUCAUCAAUGGAGGACCAUUCCACACAUGUAUUCUUCAUUAUUGUUUUUAUCUUACUCCAAUCCGAUUGUGUUGCACUAGAUAUCAUAUCUGCAAAUCAAGUAAUAAAAUAUGGUAAAACUAUUAUUUCAAGUGGGAGCAUGUUUGAAUUGGGUUUUUUUAGCCCGGGAAACUCCAAGAACCAGUACUUGGGGAUAUGGUACAAGAAGAUAUCAACUGGUACUGUUGUUUGGGUUGCUAACAGGGAGACACCAGUUACUGACAACUUGGGCAUGUUCAAAGUCAGUAGCAACGGAAACCUUGUGAUUCUCAGUGGCGGAAACACUGAGGUCUGGUCAUCCAAUUUAACGGUAUCUGAGGGGAGUAAUAAUCCGGUGGUGAUGCAGCUUAUGGAUACAGGAAAUCUUGUUGUUUGGCGGAUGGAAAAAAGUAGCACCAACCAAAAGAUGAUCUGGCAAAGUUUUGAUUAUCCUGGAGACACAUUUCUACCAGGAAUGAAACUUGGGAAUGAUUUGAUAACAGGAAUAGUGCGGUCCAUGACAUGUUGGAAGAGUCCUGAUGAUCCUUCCCCUGGUUUGUACAAUCAUAGAGUAGAUAUAAAUGGAUAUCCACAAGUAUUAGGCUGGCGAGGUCCAUCUUUAAUAUCAAGGCCUGGACCUUGGAAUGGUCUUGGGUUUAGUGGUUACCCUACCGAGAUACCAAAUAGAAUUUACACAUUUGAGUUUGUUGUUAAUGAGAAGGAAAUUUAUUAUAAAUAUGAACUUGUAAGUUCUGUUCUUCGGAGGAUCAUUUUGACAUGGGAUGGAAAAACUCAAAUUUUGCAUUGGAUUGAGAGAACUCAAGAGUGGAUUGUGUAUGCAGACGUUGAAGUAGAUAGUUGUAGUCGGUUUGCACUCUGUGGUUCCUAUGGAAUCUGUAGCAUUAACAAGCAUCCACCUUGUACCUGUCUGGAAGGUUUUGAACCAAGAAAUCCAGAAGAAUGGGAUGCAUCUGAUUGGUCAAGUGGGUGUCAACGCAAAAAGCCUUUGAAUUGUGGGAAUGGAGAUGGGGAUUGGUUUCGGAAAAUUGCAGGAGUGAAAGUACCAGAUACACGAAGGUCAUGGUAUAAUGUGAGCAUGACCCUUGGAGAAUGUGAGAAGACUUGCAAAAGGAAUUGUUCUUGUACAGCUUAUGGAAAUUUAGAUAUAAGAAAUGGUGGGAGUGGAUGUUUGCUAUGGUUCGAUGAGAUGAUGGACACUAGAGAGUAUGAUGCAAAUGAUCAAGAUAUUUACAUAAGAAUGGCAGCCUCUGAGUUAGAAGGUCAUAUGGAUUCCCAGCCCGGUUUUAACAAAAAGAAAGGAAUACUUAUGCUGGUGCUUUUAACUUCGUCUGCUAUGCUACUUCUGUUUGGAGUAGCAUAUGCCUGCAUAAAGAAAAGGAAAAGGCCUCACAUGAAGGGAACAAGAAACUGGUAUGUGUUUGAUGAAAACAAUUCAAGUCUGCAGAUAGAACACCUUGAUGAAUUAACAGUUUUUAGCCUGAGUGAAGUAGCCAGGGCCACAUGUAACUUCAGUGUCUCCAAUAAGAUUGGAGAAGGUGGCUUUGGUCCUGUUUACAAGGGUGUGUUGAUAGAUGGAACUGAAAUAGCUGCUAAGCGGCUUUCAGAAACAUCACAACAAGGGCUUGAUGAGUUCAAAAAUGAAGUCACUUGUAUUGCAAAGCUUCAGCAUCGGAAUCUUGUGAAGCUUCUUGGAUACAGCAUUUAUAGAAAUGAACUGAUUUUGAUUUAUGAAUACAUGACUAACAAAAGCUUGGACUUUUACCUCUUCGAUGAAACUAGAAGUUUGACGCUUGACUGGUCUCAACGAUUUAAUAUAAUACACGGGAUAGCUCGCGGUAUUCUAUAUCUACAUCAAGAUUCCCGCCUUCAAAUUAUCCAUAGGGAUCUUAAGGCUGCCAAUAUAUUGCUCGACAGUGACAUGAAUCCAAAAAUAUCUGACUUUGGUCUUGCAAGAAGGUUUGUUGGACAUGAUACCAUUGCUAAGACCAAGAAAGUGGUAGGAACACAUGGUUACAUUUCUCCUGAGUACGCAGUACACGGGCGUAUCUCUAUAAAGUCAGAUGUAUUUAGUUAUGGUGUUUUGGUCUUGGAGAUAGUGAGUGGGAUGAAAAACAGAGAAUUCUCUCAUGAUGACCACCAUGACAACCUUCUUGGACAUGCAUGGAGACUAUAUAAAGAAGGAAGGUCCAUAGAAUUAAUGAGUGCAUCUUUACAUGCAUCAUGUAUCGUCCCUGAAGUACUAAGAUCAAUACAUGUCGCGUUAUUAUGUGUGCAACAUCAUGCGGAAGAUAGGCCAACUAUGUUGUCAGUGGUUCUGAUGCUGGUUAGUAACGGAUCAUUGCCAGAACCAAAACAACCUGCUUUUUUCAGUGAAGAGAGUUCUUAUGAACAUGAUUCUAUCCAAUCAAUUGAUGAACGCACCAUAACACUAAUGUUUGCUCGAUAGCAAGCACAUGUAUGACAUCAGUUAAUAGUAGUUUCUUUCCAAACUAUUAAACAUUGAUGAGUGGUUUUGCUGAAAAUUAAUAAUACAUUAGUAAA